UUCAAUUCAAUUUGCUUUGUUGGCAUGACUUAACAAUGUACAUAUUGCCAAAGCUUAUUUUGGAUAUUUAUAAUAAGAAUCAAAAUUGCCAACGGGACAACCGUAACAACAAUAACCAAGUGUCAAAAUAACCGUACAUUCAACAAUAACAAUAAGCAUAGAGUAGAGGACAUGUUAGUAUACAGUAGAGGACGUGUUAGCAUACAGUAGAGGACGUGUUAGCAUACAGUAGAGGACGUGUUAGCAUACAGUAGAGGACGUGUUAGCAUACAGUAGAGGACGUGUUAGCAUACAGUAGAGGACGUGUUAGCAUACAGUAGAGGACGUGUUAGCAUACAGUAGAGGACGUGUUAGCAUACAGUAGAGGACGUGUUAGCAUACAGUAGAGGACGUGUUAGCAUACAGUAGAGGACGUGUUAGCAUACAGUAGAGGACGUGUUAGCAUACAGUAGAGGACGUGUUAGCAUACAGUAGAGGACGUGUUAGCAUACAGUAGAGGACGUGUUAGCAUACAGUAGAGGACGUGUUAGCAUACAGUAGAGGACGUGUUAGCAUACAGUAGAGGACGUGUUAGCAUACAGUAGAGGACGUGUUAGCAUACAGUAGAGGACGUGUUAGCAUACAGUAGAGGACGUGUUAGCAUACAGUAGAGGACGUGUUAGCAUACAGUAGAGGACGUGUUAGCAUACAGUAGAGGACGUGUUAGCAUACAGUAGAGGACGUGUUAGCAUACAGUAGAGGACGUGUUAGCAUACAGUAGAGGACGUGUUAGCAUACAGUAGAGGACGUGUUAGCAUACAGUAGAGGACGUGUUAGUAUACAGUAGAGGACGUGUUAGUAUACAGUAGAGGACAUGUGCAGGUUGGUUGGUCUGUCAGACACUGUCCCUCAUCUUAUGGCAGGCAGCAAUGUAGUGCGCUGCCAACCCACAGCUCUCUGCGUCCUCCCCCAACAGGACGGGUAGCCUGUCCUCAUCAGAGAGGUCUUUGAAACCUUUUAAGGGUUUUAAAUUUGGUGAAAUGACUCUCUAACUGUUUUAUAUUUUUUACAUUUUGUCAGGAAAUGCAGCUCUGUCUCAGGUUCUGCUGUGGUGCAGUGGUUACACAGCCUUUCCUCUACAGGGAGCCAGGUUCUGCUGUUGUUCAGUGGUUACACAGCCUUUCCUCUACAGGGAGCCAGGUUCUGCUGUGGUGCAGUGGUUACACAGCCUUUCCUCUACAGGGAGCCAGGUUCUGCUGUGGUGCAGUGGUUACACAGCCUUUCCUCUACAGGGAGCCAGGUUCUGCUGUGGUGCAGUGGUUACACAGCCUUUCCUCUACAGGGAGCCAGGUUCUGCUGUUGUUCAGUGGUUACACAGCCUUUCCUCUACAGGGAGCCAGGUUCUGCUGUGGUGCAGUGGUUACACAGCCUUUCCUCUACAGGGAGCCAGGUUCUGCUGUGGUGCAGUGGUUACACAGCCUUUCCUCUACAGGGAGCCAGGUUCUGCUGUGGUGCAGUGGUUACACAGCCUUUCCUCUACAGGGAGCCAGGUUCUGCUGUUGUUCAGUGGUUACACAGCCUUUCCUCUACAGGGAGCCAGGUUCUGCUGUGGUGCAGUGGUUACACAGCCUUUCCUCUACAGGGAGCCAGGUUCUGCUGUGGGGCAGUGGUUACACAGCCUUUCCUCUACAGGGAGCCAGGUUCUGCUGUGGGGCAGUGGUUACACAGCCUUUCCUCUACAGGGAGCCAGGUUCUGCUGUGGGGCAGUGGUUACACAGCCUUUCCUCUACAGGGAGCCAGGUUCUGCUGUGGUGCAGUGGUUACACAGCCUUUCCUCUACAGGGAGCCAGGUUCUGCUGUGGUGCAGUGGUUACACAGCCUUUCCUCUACAGGGAGCCAGGUUCUGCUGUUGUUCAGUGGUUGCACAGCCUUUCCUCUACAGGGAGCCAGGUUCUGCUGUGGUGCAGUGGUUGUACAGCCUUUCCUCUACAGGGAGCCAGGUUUUCCUGUAUCUACCCUUCUCAAUGGCAAGGCUGUGCUCACUGAGCCUGUAUUUUGUCAAGGUUUUGAUGUUGAUCAGUAACCAUGGUCAAAUAGUUAGUCACUGUGUACUAUCGAUUUAGGGCCAGAUAGCAGUGCUUUGUGUUUGUGUUUCCCAUUAAGUAAUGUAGUUUUGUUUUGACUGUGUUGUAAUUUGUUUUAUUCUGAAUGAUUGGAUGUUCUGGUCCUGAGGCUUUAGUGUGAUAGUAGAACAGGUUAGUGAACUCAGCCCCAGGACCAGCUGGAUGAGGGGACUGAGGCUUCAGUGUGUUAGUAGAACAGGUUAGUGAACUCAGCCCCAGGACCAGCUGGAUGAGGGGACUGAGGCUUCAGUGUGUUAGUAGAACAGGUUAGUGAACUCAGCCCCAGGACCAGCUGGAUGAGGGGACUGAGGCUUCAGUGUGUUAGUAGAACAGGUUAGUGAACUCAGCCCCAGGACCAGCUGGAUGAGGGGACUGAGGCUUCAGUGUGUUAGUAGAACAGGUUAGUGAACUCAGCCCCAGGACCAGCUGGAUGAGGGGACUGAGGCUUCAGUGUGUUAGUAGAACAGGUUAGUGAACUCAGCCCCAGGACCAGCUGGAUGAGGGGACUGAGGCUUCAGUGUGUUAGUAGAACAGGUUAGUGAACUCAGCCCCAGGACCAGCUGGAUGAGGGGACUGAGGCUUCAGUGUGUUAGUAGAACAGGUUAGUGAACUCAGCCCCAGGACCAGCUGGAUGAGGGGACUGAGGCUUCAGUGUGUUAGUAGAACAGGUUUGUGAAAUCAGCCCCAGGACCAGCUGGAUGAGGGGACUGAGGCUUCAGUGUGUUAGUAGAAUAGGUUAGUGAACUCAGCCCCAGGACCAGCUGGAUGAGGGGACUGAGGCUUCAGUGUGUUAGUAGAACAGGUUAGUGAACUCAGCCCCAGGACCAGCUGGAUGAGGGGACUGAGGCUUCAGUGUGUUAGUAGAACAGGUUAGUGAACUCAGCCCCAGGACCAGCUGGAUGAGGGGACUGAGGCUUCAGUGUGUUAGUAGAACAGGUUAGUGAACUCAGCCCCAGGACCAGCUGGAUGAGGGCACUGAGGCAUCAGUGUGUUAGUAGAACAGGUUAGUGAACUCAGCCCCAGGACCAGCUGGAUGAGGGGACUGAGGCUUCAGUGUGUUAGUAGAACAGGUUUGUGAACUCAGCCCCAGGACCAGCUGGAUGAGGGGACUGAGGCUUCAGUGUGUUAGUAGAACAGGUUAGUGAACUCAGCCCCAGGACCAGCUGGAUGAGGGGACUGAGGCUUCAGUGUGUUAGUAGAACAGGUUAGUGAACUCAGCCCCAGGACCAGCUGGAUGAGGGGACUGAGGCUUCAGUGUGUUAGUAGAACAGGUUAGUGAACUCAGCCCCAGGACCAGCUGGAUGAGGGGACUGAGGCUUCAGUGUGUUAGUAGAACAGGUUUGUGAACUCAGCCCCAGGACCAGCUGGAUGAGGGGACUGAGGCUUCAGUGUGUUAGUAGAACAGGUUAGUGAACUCAGCCCCAGGACCAGCUGGAUGAGGGGACUGAGGCUUCAGUGUGUUAGUAGAACAGGUUAGUGAACUCAGCCCCAGGACCAGCUGGAUGAGGGGACUCUUUUCUUUGCUCAGCUCUUGGCAUUACAGGGCUUGGUAAUGAUAUGAGAGGGGGUCACUGUAUUUUAGAUGUUUCCAAAACUUAAUUGCUCUUUUUUGAGUUUUUAUUAUUAGUGGAUAUUGGCCUAAUUCUGCCCUGCAUGCAUUGUUUGUAGUUUUCCUCUGGACAUGUAGGAGAAUCUUACAGAACUCUGCAUGCAGGGUUUCAAUGGGGUGUUUGUCUCAUUGGGUGAAAUCUUGUUUUUCAAGUGGACCCCUCACCUCGCUGCCAUCAAGUGCAAUUGGUUCAAUGACACAUUCAAUUAGUUUUAGACACAUUUUAACAGGUAUGUCAAUUUGAAUUUGUUUUUUAAUGGCGUAGUAUGCCCUGCGUGCUUUCUCUCUCAGUUCAUUCACUGCCUCAUUAAGGUGUCCAGUUGAGCUUAUUUUUAAACCUCACUAAUUGUAGUGUGUACAGUACUCUAUAUAUUUAAACCUCAGUAAUUGUAGUGUGUACAGUACUCUAUAUAUUUAAACCUCAGUAAUUGUAGUGUGUACAGUACUCUAUAUAUUUUAUACCAAUUGAGAACUUUGGUCUAAUUCUCUGCUGUAGGCCAGGUGCUGUGGGUGACAGCAGGCAUAGGUCAUCUGCGAAGAGUAGGCAUUUAACCUCUGAAUUGUGGAGACUAACACCAGGGGUUGAGGAUUUUUCUAGAAUAGUGGCCAAUAUGUCUAUGUAAAUAUUGAAGAGUACAGGGCUCAGAUCGCAACCCUGGCAAAGGCCCCGCCCCUGGUUAAAGAAUUCUGUUCUUUUCUUGCCAAUUUUAAUGCUGCACGUAUUGCCAGUAUACAGUGAUUUAAUUAUGUCAUAUUUUUUAGCCGCUCAACCACUUUCAAUAACUCCGUAGAACAGUCCUGUAUGCCAAAUAGAAUCAAGCUUCUGGAACUCUCUCUCUCUCCCAGUGGCUGCUACUCAAUUUGGAACUCUCUCUCUCUCUCUCCCAGCGGCUGCUACUCAAUUUGGAACUCUAGAACUCUCUCUCUCUCUCUCCCAGCGGCUGCUACUCAAUUUGGAACUCUGGAACUCUCUCUCUCUCCCAGCGGCUGCUACUCAAUUUGGAACUCUGGAACUCUCUCUCUCCCAGCGGCUGCUACUCAAUUUGGAACUCUGGAACUCUCUCUCCCUCUCCCAGCGGCUGCUACUCAAUUUGGAACUCUGGAACUCUCUCUCUCCCAGCGGCUGCUACUCAAUUUGGAACUCUGGAACUCUCUCUCUCCCAGCGGCUGCUAUUCAAUUUGGAACUCUGGAACUCUCUCUCUCUCUCCCAGCGGCUGCUACUCAAUUUGGAACUCUGGAACUCUCUCUCUCUCCCAGCGGCUGCUACUCAAUUUGGAACUCUGGAACUCUCUCUCUCUCUCUCCCAGCGGCUGCUACUCAAUUUGGAACUCUGGAACUCUCUCUCUCUCCCAGCGGCUGCUACUCAAUUUGGAACUCUGGAACUCUCUCUCUCUCCCAGCGGCUGCUACUCAAUUUGGAACUCUGGAACUCUCUCUCUCUCCCAGCGGCUGCUACUCAAUUUGGAAUUCUGGAACUCUCUCUCUCUCCCAGCGGCUGCUACUCAAUUUGGAACUCUGGAACUCUCUCUCUCCCAGCGGCUGCUACUCAAUUUGGAAUUCUGGAACUCUCUCUCUCUCCCAGCGGCUGCUACUCAAUUUGGAACUCUGGAACUCUCUCUCUCUCCCAGCGGCUGCUACUCAAUUUGGAACUCUGGAACUCUCUCUCUCUCCCAGCGGCUGCUACUCAAUUUGGAACUCUGGAACUCUCUCUCUCUCCCAGCGGCUGCUACUCAAUUUGGAAUUCUGGAACUCUCUCUCUCUCCCAGCGGCUGCUACUCAAUUUGGAAUUCUGGAACUCUCUCUCUCUCUCUCUCCCAGCGGCUGCUACUCAAUUUGGAAUUCUGGAACUCUCUCUCUCUCUCCCAGCGGCUGCUACUCAAUUUGGAACUCUGGAACUCUCUAGAUCUAUCCAUCUCUCCAUCUUUCUUGCAGUGCAUGCUGAGAGUUUUUUGGAGUCUCUCUACGGUCUCUCUCUCUAUUGUCUGUCUGUCCUCAGCAAGUUAAUGGACAAUCUUUUUCU